GGUUGCAUUACGAACGCCAUCAACAUUGCUGUAUUUGUUAGACACGGCCUCAGAGACAGCAUCUCGAUCAGUUUCUUCGCGCUCUCCAUUUCGGAUUUAGUCGCCUCGCUAUUACUUGUACCACAAUCUUUCUUACUACUGUUCAGCGAGUCCCUGCCGACAACCUCUUACGUCGACGGCAUGUCAAUCACAUUGCUACUGGCAUAUUACUACGCCUUUUUCUACGACGUGUCCCAGAUUGACACGACGUUCAUUGCGGUGCUGAGAUGCUGGUGCGUGGCUCUGCCGUUCAGAUUCAAAGACACCUUCACAAGGGGGAAAACCACCGCGAUGAUCUCUGUUCUAUCUCUGGCGUGUCUUUCUCUACACAUGCCCCAGUUGUGCACCCAGGGCUUGCGGGGGAACAAAGAUCCGGUUCACAACCUGACCAGGUUAAUUUACUGGACGUCAUCAAACCGUGACGUCAUCUAUUCUGUCCGAAACACCUCUGGGUUAGUUCUGACGACGCUGUGCCAAAUUGUUGUAUGUUUCUGCCUGGUCGUCCUCGCUUCAAACCUGCGCGCGUCAUUGCAGUUUCGUAACUCC